AUGUCGGGUCAAAACGAGCAGUUCUAUAUCCGUUACUACUCAGGUCACUCUGGGCGGUUUGGACAUGAGUUUCUAGAAUUCGAUCUGCGUACCCUCGGCGAUGGUCGCAGCGCUGCUGUUCGGUAUGCGAACAAUUCCAACUAUCGCAAUGACUCCCUCAUCCGUAAAGAAAUGUGCGUGAGCUCGGCGAUGAUCCAGGAAGUCAAGCGCAUCAUCAAGAGCAGCGAGAUUCUGAAGGAGGACGAUUCGAACUGGCCGCAGAAGAACAAGGAUGGGCGACAGGAGCUAGAAAUACGAUUAGGCAAUGAUCAUAUCUCGUUUGAGACCGCCAAAAUCGGGUCACUCGCUGAGGUGGCGGAAUCGGCAGACCCCGAAGGCCUUCGGGUGUUCUACUACCUUGUACAGGAUCUAAAGGCACUUGUUUUCUCCUUGAUAUCUCUCCACUUCAAGAUCAAACCGAUCUAAAGGACGCAACUGCUUUACUACCCUUCUGGUUACAAUAGCAGUAUUGCGGGGCAAUGGAAUGAAAUACCCGGGUAUAGCGGCUAAUGAUAGGCAAAAGUAAUGAAUUGAUAUAGUUAAUCACGGCCAUCAAUUAUGUAAAGACUAGGAAGUGCAGUUGAUAUAAGGACAGGGCGAAUGGCAAAUGUAUACCUGAAUUUGUUGCCUGAACUAGGAUUGUCGCCCCCGCAGCGCCGCAGCUCGCAUGACCCGAGACUCAGAGCGGCCACUGCGGACGCCUGGCAAUG